CUUCCGUAUGCUUGUGGUUGUGUACACACGACGCGUAAAAUCUUUCGGGUGGUUAUAAUAAACGCCGUUCCAGCUCGUGAUACACAUAACACAGGCAGCAGCAAGCGUCUACUCUGUAUACCGUACACACUGUUGUAGCGUCACCAUUGCGGGCUCGUGGUGAUGCUACGUUUUCAAUCAUGUUGACUACGGCUUGACAGCAGUAUUUACCGUAGCGUCAACCAGAGAGAGGCCCAUACAACUCAGUUUUAUAAUACAAUAUAAGUGCGUGUGUGCGAGCGAGCAUCGCAGCAGUGAGGUUCGGCACGCGCGCGCGUGCAUAACACACGAUAUUUAUUUCGUCUCAUGUGUGCUGUGUGAAAAGCGAGCGCAGCAGCAUCAUGACGACCAACAACAGUGUAUCUGCCAAUGGUUUCGCCAACCAGCCCAAUUCUACCCCUCAUGCCGAAGCAACGGUACUCGGGCUGGCUUCGCCCAAAAAGUCCAAAGACUCGGAGCUGCAGAUGCUCAUGGAAAAGUUACGCUCCAAGGUCAGCAGCUUCAAACCCUUGGCCGAGACUGCCAAGAGCAUAAGGAUGGCCAUGCUCGAUAAGCGCUUUGGACUCGACAGCGUGGAAAAGAGCCAGUUACAAAAGUCCCUGGACAUGCUGCAACAUUCCAUUAAAGUUACUACCUUGCAGUCUAUGGUGGAGCGUCUCGAGAGUUUAUCAAGACAGUUAGGGUUGAAGUUUACGAUUCCCAAUACAUCAAAUGGUCCCUGCACUGAGCUCUUUAUAUCAUCAGACAUGUUUUAUUUAGAGAUCAUACUGGAACCUUCUGGUGUUGUGAGAGAUGUCAAAAUACAUCACGAAGGAAAAGCUGAACAACAGAGUUGCGAAGAUCUUGUUUCUUGUCUGACAAAUGGAGAUUUCGUUGAUUUUACUGCCCAACUAGAAGGUUUAGCAUCAAUAUAUCAGUUAAAUGCUGAUAAAAAAGUUAAGUGUAAAGCGUUUAGUGCUUUGCAAUCCUUAGAAACUGAUUUAGAGAUUUUAGCUCAAACUCAAACCUUCAUCAAAGAACCAUUUAAUCUGGUGCACAAGUGUCCUGUUGGCAUUCUUGAAAAAAGGAAAGGAGGCCACGCUAUGAAAUUAACGUAUUUUGUUUCACCUUAUGAUCUAAUAGACAUAGAAAAAAAGACGUGUGAGCCAUUGAGCUUGGAAGCUGUGAUAUCGAAAAAAGUCGGCCAUUCUGUCACUGUAUGUAUGGAGGGAUCUACUGCCCAUAGGUUACCAACAUCUAGUAUUAUAACAGUUGACCGAAGUCCUACUGGUAUAAGUAAACCUGAUUAUGCUGUAUUAAUGGGCUCUAAUUCUUCAAUGUUACCAGCCUGUUUUGUUCUCAAAUUAUCUGAAAAAAUGCCAAUAUGUUUGGAAUUAUUGAGGCGCAUCCAAAAAGAUACAGAUCUUGAGUGUACAGAUGUUUCACCAGCUGGACCCUUAUUAAGUAUGAUUGUACAGCAUGCUAGUGAUAAACAAUUAGAUUGUAAAAAUAAUAAAGGAUUAUCAGUUAGUCUUCCAGAUCAACAGCAUUGCUAUUUUAUGACUGAAAAUAGUAACAUGCAAGGUGUACUAGUAGGCAGUAUUCCAUUCACACAUCCAGCCCAUGUUCCGAAAAUUUUAGUUCAUCUUAGGCAGCAAGCUUUAUUCAACACUCUUAUUUCAAGCUGUGUGAGACCAAUGGCUCGUCAUGAUUAUAAUCAUUCAACAACCAUUUUGGAAGUUAGUGCCUUAUCCUGGCAAUGUAUAUCUGUCAGUUUGGAGCAUCCAUUUGAAGAAACACUUGCUACUGCAGAACUUGAUCUUUCAGGAAUAUCUGCUUUGAAAUGUAAACUGUAUGGUGUUAAUGCCAACAACAGUGAAAAAACUUCUGAACUGGCUGGCAAAGUGCUUCAGCGUUGUCUCAGCAUUCCUUUGACUAUGCGUACUUUAAUUAAAGCAUGGGAGGGUCGAACUUAUAAUCUUAAUUCCACCAACACAAACGGCAAUUUUAAUGGUGGUCUUGGUUCUAAUGGGCGACCUGAACCAAAUAAUGGACAACCACCUCAACACAAUGGAACAAAUAAUGCUGAUUUUAUGAAUGGAGAAAUUAAGAUUAAGCAAGAGCCUAACACAGGUGGAAUGAAUGGUGGGACACGUCAACAUCAACAAUUACAAAAUAUUCAGCAGCAGCAGUCUUUUUUAGAUGCCGGAGCGGAGAAUAGUAUCGGGUUCCCUGCAUUUUCCGGCGUUGCCGAUACAGUUACUUCAUCUGUAAGUUCUCCUGGAUUAUCAACUGGCAGUCAAGCUACUGGCAAAAAAGUACGAAAACAAAAAUCGGAAACGUCAUCUUUGUGGAAAAGUAUUAAACGAGAGCCUAGUGAAAUGUCAUUGGAGAGCUCUAGUUUAGAUUCUACUCCUCUUGGUACGCCCAAAGAGGAAAAUCGAACACCAACUCCAACAAGCACUGAUUCAUCCAAUAUGGAUGCAACAGACAGUUCGAUUGUUAUCAAAAAUUCAGAUAUCGAUAGCACAAAAAGCGAUAUAGUAACGAUUGAUACAUCUAUCGAGCGAAAAAUCAAAAAAGAAAAGCUUACAUCUAGUGUACUCGAAGACACAAAAGCUCUUGUUUCUCCUUCAGUAAGCAUAACUCCAGUUACUAAUCAAAGCGCAAGUUUACAACAGAAUAUGCCUCAAGGUAGUCAACAAAGUAAUUAUAAUGCCAUGUUGAGCAGUAUGGGACUGGAGAGGCGGCCUGGAAUAGAAAUCAUACCUAUUACAUCCAUUUCUCAAGCUCAGUUGCCCAGCUCAAUCACAAUAACAGCAAUUACUAAUCCCAACAAACCUUCAUCGUCUUCAUCCUCGUCGUCGUCUUCGUCGUCAUCGUCGUCGUCCACUGUAGGCGAUGAUCGAAGCAAAGAUCGUAAAAGUAGCAAAAGUAGCAGCAGCAGUAGCAGUAGUCGGAGUAUAGAAGAAAAACUUAGAUUAGAAAAAAAAAGAAAACGAAAACACGAGUCAUCUAGUCCGUCGAUGGGACCACCGGAAAAGUUACCUUUUAAACAGGAUUCGUCAUCGAAGCCCGCGUCGUCGAUUAGCAUAAAACCAGCUGAAUCACCUCCUACUUCGCGACCAACAUCACCUGCAAUGGCAAAUAUACGAAAAUACAGUUCAUCGCCGAGUGGUAUGAUGAUGAUGGGAAAGUCGAGUCCUACUCCAGGUUUGAAACAAUCGCCCGUUGGUGCUGGUAAACCAAGUCCCAAGCAUUCGCCGGUUUACAGUAGCCCUAAGCACAUGAGCUCCAUGCCACCCAGUAGCAGUCCGAAAUCCAUUUCCUCUCCGAAACACGGCAAUUCUGGAAGUUCGGGCAAACCCAGCAUGUCAACGCUCAAGUCAGCAUCGAGCAGUAGCUCGGCAUCAUCGAAGAGCGACGGGACUAAAGCUAAAGUAUCUUCCGGAAUGUCAUCUUCGUCAUCGGCGUCGUCUUCCUCGUCAUUAUCUACGUCUGGGCUUACUUUAACUCCUGUACCUUCGUCGUCUUCGACGUUAUCGUCAACAUCGAGCUCCUUGAUGAACAAAGAUAAAGAGAGGAAACCCGGUAUGUUUGGUUCUAGCAGUCCAGGACACCAAAGUCCCAAGUCAAAAAGUUCAGUACCCAAGGUGAAGACUCCUGAAACAGAACAAGGCAAUGGGGGUCGUUCCGAAAGUUCCACGCCACCCGCCGCUGAUCCGAGUAAAUCAUCUAUCAAUCAGCAGCAGGCCCAGGCUAGAAAUCGCAAAGGCUCUCUCAGUGCCGUGAUCGAAAAUCUCAAGCUGAAGCAUUCGAGCGACGAGUCGACCGUACCAAGCGGUAGUGGUACCGCUCCUGCUCCAACUGCGAGCGCGCCCGGUGUCAAAACUGGCGAAACGAAGAAUCCGACCGAAUACAUGGUUAAACCAAGCUCCGAUGGCAUAAAAUUGACCAUCAACAAAACCAGAACGAAGGACGCGAAAAGCAACAGUUCCAGCAGCAAACUAUCCCAAGGCAGCAAUCCAUCUACCAGUGCAUCGACUUCCUCCUCGGGUUCUGGUAAUGGAUCUCCGAAGCUUUACACUGGCCUGAAGCACGGAGUCUCCUCUGGGCCGAGCUCGUCGAAGAAACCAAUGGGCCAAACCUUGACAAAGGUCCGCUCAUCGUCUCCACUUGUCACCGGUAGCAGCCGGAGUUCCAUGGGCGGUCCAAAGGUAGCCAAGGCAAAUCCGGGCUCGAACCUCCUGAGCUCGAGCAGCAGUAGUAGUUUCAGUAAAUCCGCAUCGAACAAGGGAUUUUCCACGUUGGCCAAAGUAGGCGCCCUGACGCCGGCUCACAUAGCGCGUGCUCGUGAAAAGGCCCGCUUCAAGUCGGGCGAAAAGUUGUCGAGCUCGAAAGAGAACGAGAGCGAAAAACCGUUUAAGCUCAUGCCGGCUCACGUGUCUCUGGGAAGCGGUCUCUCGGCUCUGCCUGGCUUCCCGUCUCAGCUCGUAGAGGGUCUCGUGAAAACGCUAGAUACCACAUUUCAAAUACCAAAAAUAUCGGCCAGAGUCAACGCAGCCGACGCGGGUGGCGACAAAAGAUCCGUCGACAAGGUCGAUUCUAGUGCUGGUAAAUCAUCGUCCGCGAGCAAGAGCGUCGAGCAGCUCCCCGCUCACUCGGACGUUCCGACGAAUCUGUCGAUGCAGAUGAACGAUCGAUCCAAGGUUGAGUCGAACGCGGCUCGACAGUACUACGGCGGAUCGAAUCCGAGCACUAAAGACGGCCACGACGGCAAUUCAGGAUGUUUGAAUCUCAGCAAAUCUUCAGAUACUAAGAAACCGAUGGAGCCCUUGUCGUCGCCGGUAACCGUACCCGCGAACAAUACGCCGCCGACGACCUCGCAAGAGGCGGCCGAGAUGCUGCUGGAUUUUUCCACGCCGAAGGAGUCCUCCUCCUCGGCGAAACAACAACAACCGCAACAACAACAACAAUCACAACCACAACCACAACAACAGCAACAACCCUUGGCAGCGUUGACUUACACGCCGCCGUCGUCGUCACCUCUGCGCAAGAACGCCACGCCACCGCCGCCGCCUCCUCCGCCUCCGCCGUUGCCGCCACCGCUGCCUCCACCGGCGGUGGUGAGCGCUGUGUCACCGCUGAGCAGCUUUCCGCAGAGCCCGUCCGUGAGCCUGCAUAUCGUGAAAAGUCCAGCGCCGUCGCCGAGGGUCAUACCGCUGUCGCCGCACUCGGCCUCGCCUUGCAUCACCGACGACGAGCUCAUGGACGAGGCACUUGUCGGUUCUUGAUAACUUGAAGAAGUACAGUAUACUAGUACCGUUGUCUAUACUUCAUUUACUACUUCAGCACUCGAAGAUUAUAAAAAAUUUAUAUAUUUUGACGUACGUAAAUACUCUCUACGUAAAUAUAAUCAUGGUUGUGUAAUAAUAAGCAUAUAACAAAGCCAAAUGGGUUAAAAGUGAAGAUUAAAUGGGCGAAGAUAUACAUAGAUGACAAUCAUGUGUAAGGAAAAGUAUCCAUGACUAUUGUCGAUUCGACGCAAGAGUACAACCUCGCAAAAUUACUCGAACCAUAAGUGCGACUCUGUUGAAAGAUUUUUAAUGUGAAAAUUCGAUUCGAUGACGAAAAUAAUUGUUAACAUUUUUCUUAAAAAAAAGGCCUGCUCAGGAGUAGGCGGAUAAGUGUAUUUUUCUUUGUAUUAAAAAAAAAUCAAAAAACAACUCAGAUUAAUUAUACAAUUACACUUGAAAACUAAAGCCUCUACGCGAGCGACGUUCCAAAAUUAUAUCGCUUUUCGACAAAGCUGAAUCAAAUUGAUCUAAAAAGAAUGUAUUAUAUUUGAAAUCGUUUAGUUUUAUAUUAUACAUAUGAAUACAAAUCGACUGGCGGUUUCAAUUAGUAAUUAGGACAAAAAGAUACAAAUGAAUGUAUAGAGAAUAUAUAUUAUGUAAAUAUAUUUAUAAAUACGAAUCAAUAUUACCGCGAUUAUUGAUGCGUUUUAUUAUUUAUUACCUGCGCAAGGUUUAAAUUUAUUUAUCAAAUUGUAAAAAAGUUGUUUAUUUUUAUCAAUUCGUAUAUAUCGUUAUAUACCCGCUGCUCGACGACGAAUGAUCAAAUGUAUACGAGCCGAUCGCUAAAUUAUUUUUUUUGUAAUCAUGAAUUUAUUUACACAACAUGCAUGGUACACAGACACACACAUAUACACAAACACAGAUUGAUAUACUAUAUUUAUGACUUUUUAUUGUGCAUGGAGAAUUUUUUCUUUCUUUUUUUUUCUUCGAAGUCAGAUGUAUAAAUUUCACCGUGACGAAUAAGAAAAUAAAUGUUAUAACUGAAAA